GCGCUCCAUGUUUGUGGCGGUCGACCAAAACCCUAACUAUUAUCACAUAACUUACCGCACAUUCGGCGACUCCACGCACAUCGAGACAUUUGAUCCGUCGGACACCGCCGACGAUGUCAUCAAACAAUUGCGAUCGUUUGGACUCAAGGAUCCCAAACCGGCCGUAAGUGGUGUCCAAAAUGAGCGCAACGCCCAUACACUCAAUACGACAGUGAUCACCAUUUUUGAAAGACAUAACUUUUCCGGGGAAGUACGUGAACUGCGACUACAGGCGCCCGACUUAGUCCGCAGUCCACGUACUAUAGACGACGGCCGGGCGUUCGGACUGAACGGCUGGAGUGAAUACAUCGCUGCCGUCGACCCCACGAAUACCGGCGUCAGAAUCACGAGACGAUUGGAUCCCAGUGUUGGCAAAGAGGUGGCGACGCUUAUAGUGGACGGGACUACGGCUGGCGUGUGGGACAGCACUAACAUCACCGGAAAGGGAGUGUGGGCCGAGCAGACCGUUCAGAUCGGUGCACAACUCACUCAAAACAAAACCCAUAUAAACGUGAGACAAGUGUUCGUGUCUUCGGCCGUGGAUUUCAACGAAUUUCGCUACGAAAUCGAUUCACUCGUAAGGGGACAGUGGGUGCGCACCGAUGUGCUGGAAGUGGGACCCAACCAUCCCGGGGAUGAAAAGGCACACCACUAUCAGAUCAGU